AAAACUCAACCGCGUAAAUUCUACGUCUGUCGACCUGCGUCGUCGUUCCGAAAAAAAUCAUGGGCAGCGGAGCAAGCAGCGGCACGAGUAGCAACCAGCAACAGCAUCAGAUCCAUUUCGCAGGAGUCAUGACCAGAUCUACGCCUUUUGCAAGUGGUGCUUUCGCUGCACGCGGGGGGACGCGAUCGCAGCAAUCGCAGCAAUCGCGGCAAUCCGAACGAAGCAAUCGAUCGAAUCGCAGCAAGGAUUCGGAAGCAAGCCGUUCGGUGACAACAAAAGCCUCAAGCUAUACGAGGCAAUGCAGCAACAUGAAAUCCAUGGAAUCGACGGUGACACCACGUUCACCAAUGGGCAGCCUCGGCCUUGAGCGCAAGAAGAGUGUUACUUUUGGAGCCCACGAAGUUCUGUUGCUCGACAAGGACUCCGGUAGAAGGGAAGUCCAGUCCUAUCAGAUCGACGGUAUGGAUUGGAAGGAAAGCAGCGAUCUGGGCGAUUGCGACCUUGCCCCGCCGCCGCCCCAUCCCUUUGCCCCUGAUCGUGGUUUGGAAUAAUUGAAUAACAUCUUAAGUGCAGGAUUCCCAUAUGAUGUCAUGGGUUAUCCGUUUAACUAAAAUGAAUAUUGGAUGUUUUGUCCAAUUCUUUUCGAUCAACCAUCGGUUUCUGGCCGCGGCAGCGCUGAUUGCAGCUUUUUUGGCACCCUCCACUGGAAGCUGUGACCAAAAGAUGAUGAUUUCAUG